CAGUAGGAUGUUUUCCAGGGGAUGUGAGGACAGGCACUACAGCUUCCCGUGGCUGAUGUAACCCCCCCUGAGGACCCUCGCUGAAGACGUUUCUGUGUGGAGUGCUGGACGGGAGGUUGAGAAAGAAAGUGGCAUAAUUGUCGGCUCCAUCGAUUUCCCCCUAAGAAGGGUCCAGUGGCACCCCGCCCUGCCCCGCAGAUGGUGCUCAGCCUGGCCAUGGACUCCAGAGAGGAUGGGGACAGCUGGAUGGAGGAACAGUGGGAGAAAUGGUUAACGCAUGACAUCAGUCUGAAUGAAUACGAGGAUGAUGACCUGUCAGAAGUAACAGAAAUCACGGAUGAGAACGGAAUCACUCUCAACCACCUCGACCUCGACCCUAAAGAUCACAUGACCCAGCCGACCAAUGGUACGCCGAGGAGCGGCCGGAGGAGGGGGGUGGUGGAGCUGCAGACGGAGAUGCUCCACUUGGACCUGAUUGAUGCAGAGGGAGGAAUCCAGGAAGAAGAGGAGGAAGAGGAGGACGAGAGGCGGCCGGUUGAUGCCGUCGAUGACAACCACAAGGAAGAGCAGGGCGCAGGGCUGCCUGUCACUCAGCCUCAGCUAAAGGAUUUUAUCCCUGCCGUCGUCAUGGAUACCUACCGGCCCAAGAGACCCACCACCCUGGAUCUUUUCCCUCAAGUGCCAAGGACUCAGGACACAAUAAAUAACAAUUCCUUUGGUGAGAAAGAACGAAGGAAAGAAAAGAAAACCCGUUCUUCAUCACCACACAUUAAGGGAGAUCCAGCGGCCAAACCCGAGCAGGUUAGCCAGACCGAUGGGGACAAAGUUCAGGCCAGGGCUGACACCAAACCACGAGGCCCUGCCUCCUCCACGAAUAAAGCCUCAGCCGUUCGCACCAAGCAGCAGGACAAGUUGAACAACCCCAAAGUGGUGGCGCCCCUCACAAAGGCAGUCAUGAGGGAAAAAUCCACGGAAGUGACCCUCAUAGAGGGUGUCCUUGACAUGCCGAUCCUUUGCAAGGAAAAAGCCCGGUAUCACACCGUCAAUGGCUAUCGGGAACAAGUGCAGUAUCCUGUGGAGAAUGAAGAUACGUGUGACCAGUCGGUCGACAAAAACAAGGACUAUCGCAUUUCCGAAGGAAAUGCCACUGAGGAGAUCCACCUCACGCCGGUUAACGGGGAGCAGGAGCGACCGUUUCUGUCCCAGAGCAGCGACAGCAAUCGCAUGUCCAUUAGUUCGGACACGGAGAUUCCUCCCCUUCACAACUACCCAUCGGCGGGUUGUCCGAACCCCUCCAUUAGCGAGGAGGAUGAGGUGUAUCCACCCACACCCCCAUGCCGGACUGUCAGCCUCGGUGACCCGGGGGAUGCUAGUCAGUGGGCUGAAACCCGCAAGCCCAAAGUGGCGAAGGAGGACAAGGGAACCUUAAAGACGGUGGCGGUCAGCACGGAUGCUUCGGGACUGACGUAUGACUCUGUCAAGUACACCCUGGUGGUGGAUGAGCAUGCUAAGCUCGAGCUAGUGAGCAUCAAGGAUUGUUACAAAGGUUACGAAAGUGACAGUGACAAUACAGUCUACGAAUCUGCCAUCGACGAUGAUGAGGAGGAUCAGGAUGCGGACGAAGAGGAGGAAGAGUCGGGAGCGACGAGCAUGAGGAGAGACACUUCCUGUUUGUCUGCGGACUCCACCACAGACACCACCUCAGACAUGCCCCGUUCCCGCAAGUUCAAGAAUGUCUUUGUGAAUGGACGGUCACGUUUCUCUGGGGCGGAGUUUGGAUUCUUCUCCUGUGUUAUUAAUGGAGAGGAAAGAGAACAGAGCCACAGAGCAGUGUUCAGGUUUAUUCCUCGCCAUGAUGAUGAGUUGGAGUUGGAGGCGGAUGACCCCUUACUGGUCGAGUUUCAGGCCGAGGAUCUGUGGUGUGAGGGCUACAACAUGCGCACUGGAUCCAGAGGCAUCUUUCCUGCAUUCUACGCCGUCAAGGUGACAAAGGAUGAACUUGUUAAAGAGGUCAAAAGUGACUGGAUGGACAAAUUCUGGGUGAAAUUCCUUGGUUCUGUUCAAGUGCCGUAUCACAAAGGGAACGAUGUGCUUUGUGCCGCCAUGCACAAGAUAGCAUCAAACAGAAGAAAAACAAUGCAGUUCAGCCCCCCUUCGCCUUGCAUUCUGGAAAUCAACACAAGAGGAGUGAAAAUCAUCGUUCAGGAUGACUGUCGGACUUCUGGAAGGGGUGAGAAGUGCUUUCACUUUUUCCAAUUGAAAAACAUCUCCUUCUGCGGAUGCCAUCCAAAGAAUAACAAGUAUUUUGGACUAAUAACGAAACAUCCAGCAUACCAGAGAUUUGCCUGUCACGUGUUCUUCUCAGAUGAUACAACCACAAAACUGGCUGAAUCUGUAGGGAAAGCUUUUCAGCAAUUCUACAAAGAAAAUAUGGAAUAUUCCUGUCCGACAGAAGACAUCUUCCUCGAAUGACCUUCGGUCUAUUUGUAUUUUUGCAUUAUCACAUACUAUAUGAGGUGUUGCAUGAUGGUGGUUUUGAUCCUCUUUGUAACGUGUCAUGUUGAUGAUAUAAUGUUGACGUCUGUUUCAGACAAAUGUUAAAAUCGAAACAAAUAUCGGCCACACCGCAACUACUUUCACCUCGUACAUCUUGAGUAUUAUUGACUGGUGUAAAGCCUUACGAAGUUUAAUAACUAAAAAAAUGUUCGAUGUAACUUGUAAAAAUCAUUUCUGUGCGAAGUUUGGUUUCAUUUGAAUUAAUUCGAAGCACAAUGUUUGAUGCAUUAAUGAUGGAUGAAACAACACAAGACAGAAAAGAGAUCAUAAAGCUAGACUGGAUCCAAAAUCAAGUUUUUCUCAGAAACCAAAGCUUUACUGGGGCUCGUCCUUCUUCACUCAGAACGGAUGUGAGCCAUGGAAUUGAAUUCAGCCCAGUUUGUCCAUCUGGUGUCCCUGACCCGCUUUGCACCACAGGUUAAGACCACUUUCCAACAUUUACAACAUCGUAUUAGCCACUCUUUGAACCCAAGGUUAUGAAUCCCUGAUCCAGAGCAUUAAAGUGCAGUCACAUUUAUCGUUGUGUAUGGAAUUGACAUAGUCGAAAUCAAUACAGUAGGAAUCCUAAGGAAAGCUACUUGAUUUCAAUUCACACAGAGCGCGUUAUUGGGCGUAAAAAAUGUCAGUGGAAUGAAAAAAAAAAGCAAGGUCUAGAGACGCGUUGCCUGACUGCCACAUUUUUAGAGAGCGCAAAAGACGCGAGAUGCGACCGUAAAGGUCAAACACGAUCGACUCUAGGGGAUUGUUCACACAGAUUGUGUAUUUGCUCUGAAAAAUGAGAGAGUAAGGUCAGUGGAACAAAAAGCGUAAGGUCUAGAGACCCAUUUUUUAAAAGCUGACAAACUUUUAACUUGAGCGCCAUGUUUUUAAAUGCCGUGUCUACACCGCAGUACAACGUGAUGCGAAAAAGCAAAUAGGAUCCAUUAUAAUCAGUGAUGCUGUCUACAGUGGAUGCGUCGCGACAGUAAACUGAUGCCCGGUUCUAUUUCUGAUGUACUCUAUGGGUUUGCGCUACUUCUGAUAUGAAGGACAACUGGAUUUGCAAUGGUUGCUUUGUCGCGUCCAGUAUGGACUGCUUCUAGCUGGCAACGGUUGCAUGUCAUGUCAUGUGCAAGACGCAAAUGCAAUGGUUAACAACAUCCGUCUAGCGGUUUUACUUUGAAAAACAAUGGUAAAGUAGUGCAGUGGAAUGGAAAAAAAGGUAUUCUGUGUGAACGACCCCUAGAGCACCUAGAAUUCCAUUCCACAUUUUUCCCUUGUCCAUUCCACAGAGCUACUUUUUCCAUUGUUUUCCUGUGUUUACGGCCCAAUGCCACAAUUUCAAGUGUUCUUGGUUCAAUUGGGUACUUGCUGUCAUUUAUCUGCGCACUACAAAGUCUCACAAAUACAAUACAGCAUCCAUGCUUAAUUCUGUGAAUGCUUUUUCUUUUUGGUUCUCGUAUUCAAUGUUCAUGUGUGCUUAGAUUCCCAUAUGUUGCUCUGUUAAACAGAGCAUAGUCUGGGCCUUUUUGCAUUCUGGUUCAAUCUCAGAAUCCCUGGCAUAUGUAGCUGUGAAAACCAAAUAAUUUUAUUUUCUUUUUACAUAUUAUAUUAGAUAUCCUAUUUAUAACUAUACAAAAUGGAAAGAUCUUAAAGUAUAUAUUAUUCUGGCACCUGAAAUAUAUAUAAGGAGAGGAUGCAACACUGUCAUAAUGACAGAAAGGCCUGUAUAAAUGGUGCUGAGGAAUACUGCUGCCUGGUAGUGAAAAGUUUGUGCUUGCUCAUUUUUUGUUUUCCUGAUACAAAAAAGGAAAGGUUUUAAAGCCAAGGCCUAAAAUGGACCCAUCUUCACCAGUCCUUUCAAAAUGGCACAUCCUCACAGCAUGCGCUUACCUAAUAUGCAAUAUUCACAAAAUGAGCAGUCUUAAUUGAAUAAUCUGCAGAAAUGGUGUUCUGUAGAACAGUUUCUCACUGUGCGUGAAGAUAUUUUGCUUGGUACGGCCAUUUUGAAAGGUGGUAUUCAGUUAUUAGGACCAUUUGUGUCUGCAAAAAAUAUUUGCGAAUCGAUCCUGCAAAAUCACAAGUUGUGCCUAUUUCAUCUGUUAUCACUGUACAUUUUUUUUUUUUUUUGAAUGAUCAUAACUGUUCUGUGGAAUCCAUAAAAUUAAAUCCUAUUUGUAAA